CCGUUUCCGGUUCCGGGGCGGACGGUGGCAGCAGAAAGGUUUGCCAGCAAGGUGACACGAUGGGCCUUCACUUCGGGAACUUGGCUCGGGUGAGGCAUGUCAUCACCUACAGCCUCUCGCCCUUCGAGCAGCGCGCUCUGCCCAACCUGCUCUCGGAUGCUCUGCCCAACGUGUGGCGGCGCUUCAGCUCCCAGGUCUUCAAAGUAGUGCCCCCCUUCGUGGGAGGCUAUCUCCUUUACUCCUGGGGAACGCAAGAGUUUGAGAGGCUGAAGAGGAAGAACCCUGCUGACUACGAGAAUGACCAGUAAUCGAGUUGAUAAGGAGAACGUUACCUCACUGUGUUACAGACGUUGUGUUGCUGAGCUUGUUCACCUGACCGGAAGGAUACUGGGAGGGAGAUAAUUGUGGCUAAUAAACUUUAACGUUGCCCCAUG